GGCAUUUGGCAAAGAGUAUUUAAAAGAACUUUUAUGUAUUCAUAAAUGCAGAAAUUUAUAAGGGCCUCCAAAUUGAAUGCGUUUCCCUCAUUUACUUUCUUUGUUUUUCUCGGGAAAAUCUAGGAGAGAAAAUUCGAGGAACAGAGAGGCGAAGAAGAUAGAGACAGAGAAAAAGAGCUACAGUUCGAUUGGAUUUUCUGGAACUUUGGAGGAAAAUUAUAGAGGAGAAUUAAAUUAAAAUUACUGGGGUCCAGAAUUUCUUCAAUUAGCGGACUGAAGGAGGAGAGUGGCUUGUUGGGGUGUGAUUGGUGGUGGGGUUUGUUGUAAUCGGCUGCUAAGGGAACGGGUUAUUCGGGAGUGUGGCCGAUCGUGUCGGUGAUGGCGGCGAGGAGGAGGGAACGGGUUGUGGACGGACUUUAUGAUGAUGCGGAGGCGCUUUCCGAGUCCAAGAUCACACCAGUUCUAAGAGGGAGUUAUCGUACACAAGGGCCUAUUGAUGAGACUGACGAUGACAUUCAGGGGAAUAUGGUAUCACCUCAGUCAAGUAAAAAUUUUACCAACUGCUCCAUGAAUCAGACAGUUCAUAUGAGAGGCGAGUCUGGAACUUGUAACGUGUGCUCUGCUCCUUGUUCAUCUUGUAUGCAUCUUAAACGAGCUCAUACAGUUUCAAAAACUGAAGAAUUUUCUGAUGAAACCAGUCAUGUAAAUGUUACUAGUCAGUAUUCUUCUAAUGAUGCUGAUGCUAUAUCCUCCGUAAAGAAUAGAGCAUGUGAAAGUUCACUACAUGCCAAUAGUGAGACAAGUAAUCUACUUAGCGUUAACUCUAGUCACGAUUCCUUUUCUGAAAAUGCUGAUAGUAUGGCAACAAUAAGGUCAUCUGAUGCGGCGAAUUUUUCAGUAGACAUUGACAUGCGUAAAAAAUUAUAUAGUGGAAUAGUUUCAGAGGGACAUAUUGCUACUGAGUCAUCCAUACAAACCAUUUCAGAGAAGCAUGAGAGUAUCAAGGGUGUAGAGGGCCAUGAUGACAGCAUUUCAUGCAUUAGUGGUUCUAGCAAUGCAAAUAUUGCAAUUGGUUCUCACCAGAACAUCAUGGACAACAAAAAUCUAUCAUGUGGCUCUGCUUCAGUGGGUAGUUUAUGUCGAGAAGGAUCUGAUAAGGUAGUUUUUUCAGAGACUCCUGCUUCUAAAGAGGUUCAAAACAGCUCAAAGGAAGCACAUACUCUUCACUCUCUUUGUCCAAGUGAUAAGCCAUUAUCUGGAACGGGUUUUGAACAGAACCCACCUGCUUGUGUGAAGGGAGAGCCAUUAGAAUCAUCUUCGGUACACAAUGACACUUUGACUAGGGAAGUAGUUAAUGCUCCACCUCCUGGGGAGAAAUCUGUUACCAAUACAUGCAACAAAAUUGGUCACGAUUUCAAGAUUUCUUCACAAAAUUUACUGAAGUCAGAAGAAGAGAUCCAUGUUGAUAAAAGUGAGCCACGUGAUGGAGAUGUGAAAAAUCAGCAUGAAGACGAUCAAGAUGAAAAUUCCAAGAACUUGUCUGGGUCAUCUGAUGUGAAGGAGCCCCAUUUGCAAUCUGCAUCUGGAUCUGAGAGCGAUGAAUCGGAUAUUGUGGAGCAUGAUGUCAAAGUUUGUGAUAUUUGUGGCGAUGCUGGUCGUGAGGAUUUGCUUGCUAUAUGUAGUAGGUGCACUGAUGGUGCAGAACACACCUAUUGCAUGCGAGAGAUGCUUGAUGAAGUCCCUGAAGGUGACUGGCUGUGUGAGGAAUGCAAAUCAGCGGAAGAAAAUGAAAACCAGAAGCAAGAUGUUGAAGGGAAAGGUUGCAUUUCCAAUAAAAAAAAAGAUGAAGGGAGAAGGUCAAAUAUCAUUAGUCCAAGUACCCAUGUUUCUGAUGCUGAGGGAAAAAGAGUAAGCAGAGACUGCUCAAGUGUGAGAAAUUUUGGCAAGAAGAAUGUGGAAAAUGUUGAUGUUUCUGUAGCUGCAAAAAGACAGGUCCUUGAAAAUAACAAAGGCUCAACAAAAGCAUCCAGCCCUGGCAGGAGUAUUGGGCUAUCCCGUGAUUCUUCAUCAAAGAGCUUAGAUAAAGGGAAGUUGAUGUUUUCUCAACAGAAGUGUUUGGGUGAUCAAGGCAGUAAUGAUGGUUCAGAAAUGGCACGCUCACCAUCUGUUAGUUCAAGACUUCAGACACUCAAGGGUACUCUUUUAAAGUCUAAUUCAUUCAGCAUCUUAAAUUCGAAACCCAAGGUCAAACUUGUAGAUGAGUUUAUACCUCAAAAGCUGAGGGGGACUAGAGAAAAUACCUCCCUUGAAGUCAAGGAUGGGCCUUCCAGAGCUUUAGGAAAAUCCCAAUCAUUCAAAACUUCAAAUUCUGGCCGUGCAAGCAUGAGUGAAGCAAGAGUUAAAAUGCUACCAUCUAAGUUUCCUCAUGUCCAGGAUCCAAAGGGUGUAAAACAAGGGAAGGACAGGAACAUUUUAGAUAGGAAAAAUCCAUCGAAAGUAACAAGUUCUGCAGUUUCAACAUCUAAGGUUGAUCAAAAGCAUUCAUUGCGUGGUGAAACCAAUUUGGUAUCAUCUCCAAGCAACAAUCGAGAUCAAAAAGUUAUACAAUCUGAUGGAAUCUCAAGUACUCACCCCAAAUUGAGAAGCAGUCUAGUUCACAAGGGUGUAGAUAAUCCACUCAGUCCAGUUAGAGCUUUAUCCUCCAAUGGACUAUGCAGUUCUUCUACUGAACAAAAGAUAAAUCAUGUUAGCCCCAGGGAAGAACCAACUGUUGAGAGGCCAUCUUAUAAUGAUACUGGAAGGUCACGGGAAAUGACAGGACAAGAUGAGAAAAAUAGGGAGAGUUCUGCAAAUCUAUCGAAGCCUGCCAUUGCUACUAGUCCAAGAAGUGGUAGCUGUCUGAAAUGUAAAGGAACUGAACAUGCUACAGAAUCUUGUGCUAGUGGUAGUCCUUAUGGUGCCGAUAGCAGUAUAAUUAGCUCUAGAGAGGAGACGUGUGAGGAGAACAAGUUGAAAGCCGCAAUUCAAGCAGCAUUGCUUAGAAGGCCUGAAAUAUGCAAAAAGAGAAAAUUUAGUGAACAAUCUGACGAGGUUUCCUCACCAAGCACAGUCUCAAAUAGUGAUAUCGUGCAUCUAGAUCAAUUUCCAUUUUCAAACAAGAUAAAAAAUGAGCUUUCAUCUGAAAGGGCAUAUGAAGGGAAGACAAUUAUCAGUAGUUCUGCUACUAACUUUCACAAGCAACCAGCUGCAAGUAGUUCAAAGCCACAUGUCAUGCCGCAUCUCGAUGCUCCUGUUCCUUCAAAUUUUGAGGAUACAGAUUCAACUGCCAUUCCUGUUGAAAAGGUUAGGAUGAAAGAUUUGUUUGGUCGUAGUGCAACAACCUCACUUCUCCUGAAGAUGUCAGUGAUUCCGGAGUAUGAAUAUAUAUGGCAGGGUGGUUUUGAGUUGCAUAGAGGCGGAAAACUUCCAGAUUUCUGUGAUGGAAUUCAGGCUCAUCUGUCAACUUGUGCGUCACCCAAAGUUGUUGAAGUGGCAAACAGACUUCCACAAAUUAUUUCUUUGAAGGAAGUACCUCGCUUGAGCACAUGGCCAUCCCAGUUCCAUGACUGUGGUGUUAAAGAAGAUAAUAUUGCUCUUUACUUUUUUGCACAAGAUAUUCACAGUUACGAGAGAAACUACAAAAGCUUAUUGGAUCAUAUGAUCAAGAAUGAUUUAGCACUCGAAGGCAACCUUGGUGGUGUCGAGCUCUUGAUAUUCUCUUCAAAUCAGCUCCCUGAAAAUUCACAACGUUGGAAUAUGUUGUUUUUUCUAUGGGGUGUGUUUAGGGGAAAGAAGGUGAAUUGUUCAGAUGCAUUGAAGACUUCAAAUAUUUGUAGCAAAGAAGCUGUGCCUUUAGACAAGAGCUUUCCGGAUAUCAUAGCAACAAAGUCUGAUGAUGUCUGUUUGGCCAAGUGUGUAGAUGUAAAGAUAUUUGCUUGUGAUGUUCCCAAAUUUGGUAAUGCAUCCAGUUCGGCAGACCAAACUUCUGACACAACUAGCACCGAUUGUCGCAAAUGUGAAUCUUCUUUUCACCAGACACAACUGAAUUCCCUAGAAAAUUCAGGCCGUAAGGAUGAUCAGUUUGAACUCAAAGCAUCGUCAAUGUUAGCUACAAGCAUGGAAUAUUGUCAAGGAUCGGCUAGCUCUGCUCCCAUGAAGGAAUCUGAUCGUUCAGAGACCAUAGAAGGGGAGCAAUUUGAACCGACCAUUCAAGUUAAAGAAAUUGUAGGUGUUAAUGAUAAUAAGAAUGUGAAGCUGGACUUCAGUGCAACAGAAGAUAUGCCGCCGUUCAUUAAGACCAUUGAUGACAUGAAAAAAACUAGUGCAGGUGAGAAAAUUGUAGAUAGAUUGGUUUGUGAAGGAGAGAAAGUUAUACUCCGGACAGCAGAAGGGAGUUCAGACUCUGAAGGUAUUUCAAAAAGAGAUUUAAAUUCCGAAGCAAUCCAUUGUCUGGAGUUCGAUCACAGAAAGCGAGAACAGAUGGAUAUCUUACCGGCAGCUCUAGUCUCUAUUAGUUCUAAGAAACGUACUUCUCGGGAUGAGGAGGUGGACUGUAUAGUGCUGGAUGAAGAGAAUGUCAGCAAAAAGAUGAGGACAGGCUUUGGUAACUCAUAUGAAAAUAGUUAUAGUUCAGGUGGUAUAAAUUCACAAUCUGAUGCUUAUGUCUCACCGCGUAAUGAUAUCGGUCCCACGUUUUUAUUUCAGAAAAAGGGAGGUAAUAUAGUAUGUGAUGUGAAUGUUAUUCCAGAAGAUUUUGAAACUGCUGAAAAGCACUUCUUUCCUGUUGUUGAUUCACAUCAACAACUAGAGGAUCACCACUUAGCACUUCCAGCCAAAAAUGAGAACCAAUAUCACGAUACGGUGCCAAAUCUCGAGCUUGCGUUGGGGGCGGAUACUAAGCUACGAAAAAAGAGUAUGAUUCCUUUUUUUAUGGAUUUAGUGGAUGAGAAACGUAGCCAUAGUGAGUCCUCAGAAAAGGUGAUAGAUGGUGAAGAGGAAGAUGACUCUACAUCCCUAACAUUGUCUUUGUCUCUCCAUUCCCAGAGAAGCAACAAUCGGCAAAAACUGUUCCGAAAACAAAACAGCUUCUACCCGAUCGGUGGUAUGUGAAAUGUGAAUACUUCACCGAUUCACUUUGGGGGGUUUGUCAGAGAAAUAGGAAAUGAUAUGAUGUUGUUACUCUCAUCUCAUCUUUAUGGCGUCGAAUUUGCGUUCGGCAAAAUGUAUACCAGGUUAUGUUAGCUGAUCUUUCAAGGGCUUCGUUACGUGAGGACCCGCCUUCCAUCUGUUCAUAUCCCUCUCAAAAGUAUAUACCAGUAAUUAUUUUCCCCUUUUCUCCUUUAGUUUUUUCUUGGCUAUGCUUUAGUUAUUCAUCUUUGAGCACUUUUGACUUCAAGAUCAGAAUUACGGCGGUUUGUAUAUAUUAGUAGAAUGGAAACAGAAAUAAUAUUUGCUUGUUAACAAUCAUCAGGUACUACAGACCAAUAUGUUCACCUUGACAGUACUCUCUCUGUGCUAUACCCUUCCUGUAGUUCACUGUUAAUUUCCUGUAGUUCUUGUUCUAAGCUGUUGUUAGGCAGCAUAUGUGUUUGUUGAAUCAUAUGCUGUCUACUACUUGGGACUUGAGAUUCUACCAAGAUUCUAAAGUUUACUUGCAAA